AAAAGAAAAGGGUGGAAUCACUUUAGAAGUCAUGAUUAUCCCAGUUCGUUGUUUUACUUGUGGGAACGUCAUUGCCGACAAGUACCUAAUUUAUCUUGACAUGAUUGCCGAAGGGGUAUCCGAAGAGGAUGCCAUGAACGCCUUUCAUUUGAAUCGCUUCUGUUGUCGUCGUAUGAUGCUCACACAUGUCGAUAUGACGGAUUUGCUCCUCAAGUUUAACCCCGCGGAUACGAGCGUGCUUAACGACCCGGUAGCAGCCAAUUUUGGGUAUUAAAGUUUUUUUUCGUAUGUGUGUCGCUUUGCAAUCAUUAAAAGGGAAAGGGGAAGACAGAAAGAUAGGGUUCUGGAUUCGGAAAAGGUCCUUUCUGUGUGGGUUUGAUGAAAGCUUGUGUUCUGUUUUUUUUUUUAGGCCAGUAGUCGGGUAAGCUAAUUAUCCGUGCUUAUCUUCCCGCCAUAUGAGGCCAAGACUGAAUGCCCAGUUUCAUGAGUUGAAAUUAACAUUUUUCCCGUUGGAAAGGUUUUAACAAGAAGCCUGAA